CGCCGCUACGAGUAUUCCAGGCCUCCCGAAUCCGCGCGAGAGUUUACGUGUGACGUCGGCGUCUGCGUCGGCGUCACGUCGGCGUCGGCCACGUUCAGCGGAGACGGGAGCAAGAUGGCGAUUCCGGGCAGGCAGUAUGGGCUUAUUUUGCCAAAGAAAGCACAGCAGUUGCACCCUGUUUUGCAAAAACCAUCAGUGUUUGGGAAUGAUUCUGAUGAUGAUGAUGAGAUAAAGGCCCAGGGCGCCUGGAUGGCUCAGUCAGUAAAGUGGCUGACUCUUGGUUUUGGCUCAGGUCAUGAUCUCAGGGUGACCUCCGUGAGUGAAAGCCUUCAGAGGGAAGCUGCUAAGAAGCAAGCAAUGAAACAGACCAAACUAGAAAUCCAGAAGGCCCUUGCAGAAGAUUCUACUGUAUAUGAAUAUGACAGUAUUUAUGAUGAAAUGCAGAAAAAAAAGGAGGAAAAUAAUCCCAAAUUGAUUUUGGGAAAAGACCGAAAGCCCAAGUAUAUUCACAACCUACUAAAAGCAGUUGAGAUCAGAAAAAAGGAACAGGAAAAGAGAAUGGAAAAAAAAAUACAGAGAGAACGAGAAAUGGAGAAGGGAGAAUUUGAUGAUAAGGAGGCAUUUGUGACAUCUGCCUAUAAGAAAAAACUGCAAGAGAGAGCUGAAGAGGAAGAAAGAGAAAAAAGGGCUGCUGCACUCGAAGCACGUUUGGAUGUAACCAAGCAGAAAGAUCUCAGUGGAUUUUAUAGACACCUGUUAAAUCAAGCAGUUGGUGAAGAGGAAGUACCUACAUGCAGCUUUCGUGAAGCCAGGUCUGGGAUAAAGGAAGAGAAAUCAAGGGGUUAUUCUGAUGAAGUAAGUUCAGAGAACAGAAUACCACAUGAGAAAUGCAGUCUCCAAACUGUUGUGCAAGCAGAAGAAAACCCAGAUGCAGACAGUGACUUUUAUGCUAAUAGUGAGGAUGACGAAAUGGAAGAAAAUAAUAAAGUGAACUGCAGAAGGAAAAAGGUCACAGAGACCUCCGAGAGUGACUCCAAGCAUCAGAGAAAUCAAGCGCACUCACGGUCUUCUAGUGAAGAAAGAGAGCAUGGUACCAAAUGCCACACAAAAAGGUCCAAGUCAGGAGUUCAUGAGAAAAGGGAAGAUCAGCACCAAGAGAGACAAUCCAGGGAUCAUGAGAACUAUUACACUGACCGUGGUUCCCGAAAAGAAAAGAAGGAUUCUCAGAGGCACAGAGAGGUCAGUCACAGAGCUUCUCACUGGAAGAGGCAUGAACAUGAAGAUAAACUGAGGGGAAGAGACCAAAGAGAAAGAAAUGACAGAGAUUGGAAAAGGGAGAAAGACAGGGAGAAAUACUCCCCAAGAGAACAAGAAAGAGAUAGACCACGAAAUGAUCAUGACCGACACAAUGAGAAAGGAGGAGAGAAAGAAGAGAAAAGCAAAGAAAAGGAAGAGCAUAUGAAAGCAAGGAAAGAAAGAUAUGAAAACAGUGAUAAGUACAGAGAUAGAGAACGAGAAAUAAGUGUUCAAUCUUCAGAAAGAAGCCGAGACAAAAAAGAAAGCAGCCCAAAUUCUAGGGCAAAGGAUAGGUUUCUUGACCGGGAAAGAUCCAAUAAAAUGAGAAAUACGGAAAAGGACAAAGAAAGAAACCCAGAAAAACCCUCCAGUUCUGAAACAUCCCUGGGAGCAAAACACAUACUCACAGAGGGAUGCCAAGAGAUGGGCAAAGAACAAGAGAGACCACAUGAGGUGGGGAACAAGUUUGCAAAACGAAGCAAUGAAGAAACUGUAAUGUCGGCUAGAGACAGGUACCUGGCCAGGCAAAUGGCACGGGUUAAUGCAAAGACGUAUAUUGAGAAAGAAGACGAUUGAUAACUGCCCAAAUAGAAAGACCUGUGGAAGCACAAAAAUUGUAACUCCUGGACCAUGGUGUGUGAAGGCACAAAGGAGUGUGUUAACAGUGGUUGGGAGGGUAUUUUUUAAUGUAUUUUCAGAAUUCAUUUUUGGUUAAGUAAAAAAUAAGUCCUUUUUUCUUGAAUGUUUGAGUGAAUUGAUAUAUAUAUUACCAAUACCACAUUCUUGGUUGUAAUCAAGCCACUUAAAGAAUGUUAAAUCCCUAUAGUUACUUAAUGAGGAAAAUGGGCUCCACUGUAGCUAUUAAAAAAUAAUUCAAACAACUCCCCUAAUAAUGUUGGUUUUGUUGCAGGGAGGUGUUAGGUUUAUAAAUACUGUAUUCUAGAUAAAAAUAUGGAUUUCAGGGGCACCCAGGUGGCUCAGUCGUUAAGCGUCUGCCUUCGGCUCAGGUCGUGAUCCCAGGGUCCUGGGAUCGAGUCCCACAUCAGGCUCCCUGCUCAGCGGGAGGCCUGCUUCUCCCUCUCCCACUCCCCCUGCUUGUAUUGUAUUCCCUCUCUCGCUGUCUCUCUCUGUCAAAUAAAUAAAUAAAAUCUUCAAAAAAAAAUUUUUUUUUAAAUGUGGAUUUGAACAAUAGAGACUAUUGUUAUACUUCACAUUCUGAAAUUUGUGUUAAUGUAUAAUGGAUCAUACAUCUUGUGUAAGUAACUUUCUAGCUCACAGCACAUUUGGCUUAAAUGCAAAUAAAAAUAGUGAUGUGUUUGUA